AUGAGUUUCGAACACUAUGCCAACAAGACUCUAGAAGAGAAAAACCUGGAAACUAUCCCAACUUCUCGAGCUUCUCCUGAACAUCCCCAGAUCAACAAAAACCUCCGGUUCAAUCCAUAUAUGAAUGAAAACAUCGCUUCACCCAACAAAGCAACUGCAACAAACCAUUCGGAUACCAACUACAAAAAGUUUUCCAAUACGAAUCUGCAGCAGCAAAAUGUGGAAACCUUCAGUGAAAAAUUGACCUCACACCAUUCUUCCUGGAAACCCCCCAGAUCGCCCCACAACCUCAUAGAAGAAUUCCUCUAUCAGGACCCUUGGUCCCUAUUGGUCGCCACCAUCUUCUUGAACAAAACCAACUGCACCGUAGCCAGACACCACCUGUUGCGAUUCCUUCAGGACCACCGUAGUCCUCGGGACGUUUUGGACAAGUCCUUGCAGGACUUGGAAAAGUACUUUGUCGGUGUGGGGCUGCAACGCACCAGGGCGUUGCAGUUGUACAGGAUGUCCUACGAUUUCUUGUUCAAGAAGUGGACUAGUGUUGUGGAGUUGUAUGGUAUCGGACAUUACGGGGAAUGUGCAUUUAGGAUGUUUUGUUUGGGGGAUUUCAGCGUGGAACCGAAGGACAGAUACUUGAGGAUUUACAAGGGAUGGUACGAGAAGGUCGGUGCGGGGUGAGUUGCAGUCUACCAACACCCGAAAACAUGACCACCCACUGGAACUACCCUGAACCUGCUCUGCAAGACGAACUUCGCAAGAUCGCUAACGCCAUUGUGGCACCCGGAAAGGGUAUUUUGGCUGCCGAUGAAUCCGUUUCGACCAUGGGCAAACGUUUGGCCGAUAUCGGUGCCGAAAACACAGAUGAAAAUCGUCGCAAAUACAGACAACUUCUUUUCACUACUUGCCCAACUAUCGGCGACUACAUUUCUGGAGUUAUCCUCUUCCAUGAAACUCUCUAUCAGAAAGCCGAUGACGGCACUCCUUUCCCGGAGUUGUUGAAACAGCGCGGAAUCAUUCCCGGAAUAAAAGUCGACACCGGCGUUGUACCGUUGUUCGGUAGCCAAGAUGAGUGCACUACCCAAGGUCUGGACGAUUUGGCGAAACGUUGCGCCCAAUACAAGAAGGACGGCUGCCACUUCGCCAAGUGGCGUUGCGUCCUCAAAAUCAACGAGCACACUCCGUCGCUGCUCGCCCUCGAAGAGAACGCCAACGUUUUGGCCAGAUACGCGUCGAUCUGUCAGGCCAAUCGCAUCGUGCCCAUCGUCGAGCCGGAAAUUCUGCCCGACGGGCCGCACGACUUGGAGAGGUGCCAGAAGGUCACCGAGACCGUCUUGGCGUUCGUCUACAAGGCUCUCGCCGAUCACAACGUCUACUUGGAAGGCACCCUCCUGAAACCCAACAUGGUGACCGCCGGACAAUCGGCCACCGUCAAGGCAGGCCCCGCGGAAGUCGCUCUGGCUACCGUGACGGCCCUGCAGCGCACCGUGCCUGUCGCCGUGCCCGGAAUCACCUUUUUGUCGGGCGGCCAAUCGGAGGAGGAGGCCACCGUCAAUUUGGACGCGAUGAACAAAUUCCAAGGCAAGAGACCGUGGGCCCUCACCUUCAGUUACGGUCGCGCUCUGCAGGCUUCAGUGCUCCGCGCUUGGGGCGCCAAAGACGCCAACGUCAAAGCCGGUCAAGAUGAAUUGCUGAAACGUGCCAAGGCCAACAGUGAGGCUUCCUUGGGCAAAUAUGUGGCAGGUAGUGUGGAGGGAAAAGCUGGAGAUACUGGUCUGUUCGUGAAGAAUCACGCCUACUAG